GAUUUAUUGUUUCAGAUGUAAAUUUACAGAAUGCCGGCGAAACAGAGAAAAAUUGCCGUUAUGGGAUCUAGGUCCGUCGGCAAAUCAAGCUUGGCCAUACAGUUUGUACAGGGUCAGUUUGUGGAUUCCUACGAUCCUACAAUAGAGAACACAUUUACCAAGGUUCUUAAAUACCGUGGACAGGAAUACGAGGUUCUAGUUGUAGAUACUGCAGGACAAGACGAGUACAGUAUCUUCCCUACACAGUACAGUGUAGAUAUAGACGGGUACAUUCUUGUGUACUCCAUUGACAGUGAGAAGAGCUUUGAAGUUGUACAGAUAAUAUAUGACAAGUUGGUUGAUCUUGUUGGAAACGCUAAUGUUCCUCUGGUGCUAGUCGGGAACAAAAAUGAUCUUCAUAAUGACAGAAGAAUAACGCAGGAAGCGGGUAAGAAGCUAGCUGGAGAUAUGAAAGCAAUGUUUCUCGAGACAAGUGCCAAGGACAAUCAAUGCGCUUCAGAUAUUUUUAUCAAGUCACUUAUUCAAAUAGAAAAGGCCGAAGGUUCUGGUGUAGAGGAGAAGAAAAGUUGUAUAAUCUCCUAAACUGGAAACUAAAGCAUUUAUAGUUUUAUACUUUACAGA